AAUCAAAUUAAUUAACCUAACUUUCUUUUCCGAAUAUUAUUGACGUGUCGAUUGGAAAAAAGUUUUUAAAUAAUUUAAUAUGCAUUCUGUAUUACAAAGGGGCAAUUCAAUAUUAGCUUAUACGCUUAGUUUUUUAGCUUUUCUAACGUUUUGCUGUUUUGUCUCAACAGUUUUUCUCAAUUACUCUACAGGAACUAACUUAAAAGCUGUUAAAGUUUUAGUGAAAAAUGUACCGGAUUAUAGUGCCUCAAGGGAAAAAAACGAUCUGGGUUUCUUAACAUUUGAUCUCAAAUCCGACUUGAGUAGUUUAUUUAAUUGGAAUGUCAAACAGCUUUUCUUGUAUCUAACAGCUGAAUAUAAAACUCCUAAUAAUGAACUCAAUCAGGUAGUCCUUUGGGAUAAAAUUAUUUUGCGAGGAGAAAAUGCUGUACUAGAUUUUAAAAAUAUGAAUACAAAAUAUUAUUUCUGGGAUGAUGGAAAUGGUUUGAAGGGAAAUAAAAAUAUAACACUCACUUUAUCCUGGAAUAUCAUACCAAAUGCAGGACUUCUACCAAAUAUUUUUGGUUCUGGAUCACAUUCCUUCCAAUUUCCUAUAGAAUAUACUACAUCAAGAAUGUAACAGUAACAUACUUAUUAUCUAAGUUUUUUUUUAAAUAAUAUAGUAUAUUAAAAAAA